AUGCUCAUAGGUCAUCUCUAUCCAAAUAAACCAGAAACAAAUUUUGAUACAUGGACAUGUCAUUUCAUAAUAUAUUUGGCAACUGUUGCUAUUGUUUCUACACUCUAUUCAAAUACUUUUCAAGCUCUUCAUCGAUUUAUAAGAAUUAUUUAUUACAAUCGUCCUGCAUUCUAUCGAAAUAUAUAUCUGUAUAUUUUCGGUUUAAUCAUUCAAAUUUUACUAAGUGCACUUCAACCAUUGCCAAUUCAUCUUACAGGCCACUUUCGAUAUGAAGAUUAUCAUUGUCAAGUUCGUCUAAUAGAUUGGCGUGGAAUAAUAAUGGGAGCUGUUAUUGUAUGGCUUUUACCUGUCUUACCUACAAUAAUAAUCUAUAUAUAUACAAUACAUUUUAUACGCCGUUAUAGUUUAUUGUUUACUCUACAACAACGAUCAAGAAUCAAACGAGAUGUUACUAUUAUAAAACGUCUUGUAUUGUUAAUUGUUUUUAUCCUUGUAUUUGGUAUACCUGCAUGUUGUACAACUAUUGUGUAUUAUAUAUUUGGAUAUGUUGAUUGGUGGGCAAAUCAUUUAACAUGGUUGACAUUUGUAUUAUCUUUUAUUGGUAUAAGUAUUUUACAAACAUGUUAUUCUCCACAUCUGCGUAUUUUAUGGGUGAGAAUAUUAAAUAGAUCAAUCAGACCACAAUAA